AUUUUUGGUUCCCCAAUUUCUAUUGCCACCAUCUUUAUUCCACAAUAAACCAAAAAGGAAAGAUAAAUAAAAGGAAGAAAAGAAGAGAGAGAAAAUGGCAGAGAAGGAAGAAGUACAGAAAAAGCAAAAUACUUGCUAAAAAAACAAAAUAUCCAGUUUCUGCUAUAUUCUAGAUGGACCACCUUCUUCUCCUUGCUGCCACUUUCCUUCUGCUCAACUUCUCUCUCUUCUCAGAGGUAGAAACGACGACGUUCAAGAUAGUUAACAAGUGCCGGCGCACGAUAUGGCCUGGUAUACUAACAGGCGCCGACAGACCGCUCCUCAACCCGACCGGUUUCGUUCUCGAGCCCGGAAAAUCCAGAACUCUCCGGGUACCCAAUUCCUGGUCGGGUCGGGUCUGGGCUCGAACGCACUGCUCCACAGACCCUUCCACCGGUAAAUUCCUCUGCCUCACAGCUGAUUGCGGCUCCGGGAAGCUGGAAUGCGCCGGCGCCGGUGCGAUCCCCCCCGCGUCACUGGCGGAGUUCACGCUCGACGGCGACCAGGGGCUGGAUUUCUAUGACGUCAGCCUCGUGGAUGGGUACAACCUCCCGAUGCUGAUAGUCGCCAAGGGAGGUACAGGCGGCGCGGGGUGCAGCCCGACGGGGUGCCUGGUGGAUUUGAACGGCGCGUGCCCUAGGGAGCUCAGCGUGGCGCGUGGCCGCGAGGGGAUCGCGUGCAGGAGCGCGUGCGAGGCGUUUAGGGAUCCCAUGUACUGCUGCAGCGACGCGUACAGUACGCCGGACACGUGUCGGCCUUCUCCUUACUCGCUGUUCUUCAAGAACGCGUGCCCGCGUUCGUACAGCUAUGCUUACGAUGACCGGACUAGUACUUUCACCUGUGCCGGCGCCGAUUAUUUUAUCAUCUUCUGCCCUCUGCCUUACACCAGCCAGAAAGUUCUUGGAUUACUUAAGGACACAGCAGAAUUGCCUCUGGUCAACAAAACUAUGAUGCACAUGGGAAGGCAUCACACCAGAUUGUCGUCUCCAGGCUGAUCACAAGUUUUAGUACAACUGAAGAUUGAGAGCAUUAAUUUUGUAGUGGGCCCCACUAUCAGGUGUUGUGACUCGAACGAGAGGGAAUGGUACGACGAGCUUCUCUCUAUUGUAGGUUACUCUUUCGAUUUUCAUCUAUUUAUGUGUUCGUUAUUCCACUUGUGUAUACUAGUAGUGAUUCUACCUCUGGUUUCAACCAUGAUUAAAACUAUAAGUAGUACUUAAAUAUAUUGAUCUUAGACCAUGUAGGGAAAUUUUGACAUUGUGGUGAAUUAAGAACAAUCUUGUAUGUUAAGAAAUUGGAAAGAGGCAUGAUGAAUCUGUAAUCUAAGACUCGAAGGCCUCGUUUGGGAAUGUUGAUGAGAUUUUUUUCCGAUUUUAUUGUCUAUGAUGAUGUAAUUUAU